AUGAAUAUGUUGGAUGAUGAAGAUGACCAAAGCUUUCGCGCUACGCGUGACGGCUACUCCCAUUUGAGCGAUGUCGAAUGGGAUGCGGUUGAACGAGUGGGUUCAACCAUGGGCAUCCAUGCUGUUAGCGUCAUGCUAGAGGCUCUCAAUAGAGAUGCCCAACAUGCUACUAUCCCCAAGUUCAUUCAAAAUGAACUUGACGCUGAACGCGAGAAAUUUGAACUGUUGAGACAGCAGCAGGCUGCUGCUGGUGAGUCUAUGCACUCGCGUCGACCCGAAACCUUGAAGAUUGACAUCUCCAAGUAUAGGGGGGUCGAAGAGGACUCCCUCUUGAGAUGGUUCGUCGAAUUGGAUGACGCCAUAAGGGCGCGUCGCAUCGACGACGGGGAUAUGCAAGUUGCAUUUGCCCAGUCAAAUCUGGCAGGACGUGCCAAGACUUGGGCACUGGGGCUCAAGUUGCACGACCCAUAUGCGUUUGGGUCGUUGGAAGUCUUCAAGUCGUGGCUCAGACAAACGUUUGAACCGCCUAGAGCUGAGUUCAGAGCUCGAACCGAACUCUUGAAGCUCAAGCAGGGUAAGCGUGAUGUGCACGCUUACGCCCAACAUAUACGACAUCUCACGAGUUGUAUAAGUUCCAAUCCGGUGGAUGAACAUACGUUGGUUUCGGUGUUCUAG